AUUUACCCUACAAAUGUACAUUUAAGCUUGUCUUGACUUUCGGUCUAAAGGCGAGGAACCCGCCCUGAGAAAUCUAGCGUCCACCUUGUUCUGUCGACUCAACGGUUGGUCUACUAGAGUUUGCCGACAUCACCACAUAUUGCUCAUAUAUAUCCUACAUUCGGAGACCUUCAAGCCACUUGGUCCUCGCUGCGCAUGCAAAGUAGCCGCAUCGCCCACCGAGCGAAACUAGGUGUAUUUGAAGGAUCAAUCCUCCUCCAAUAAAUACUUCCCAACCCUUCCACAGCGCUUUCCACUCCCAUUCUCAACCUACCCUUCUUCUGCCCCGUCACAAUGGGCCAGCAAACAGCAGUAGACCUCGAGUCCCACCCCGUAACUUUCCAAUCGACCUGGAAAGGCAACCCCGACCCCACCGCCCUCCCCUUCCCGCGCGACAAUCCCCCGUUCCAGCUGACCGCCAUCGACUGGCACCAGCUCUCCAUCACCGACGACCAGUUCACCGCGCACACCUGGGAAGACCUGCACCACCUGAUCAGCACCGACCAGCUCAACGAGCUGAAGCGCUGGCCCUCCUUCCUCAAAGCCUACCUCGCCUGGACCGCGCACGUAAAAGCCAAGUACGGCAGCGCAACGCAGUACCUCCUCCAGCAGCGCCUCUUCUGGACGCCGCUCAACGCCACCGGCGCGUUUAAAUUCGUCCUCAGGAACCCGACGCCCUUCGCCGACCCUGAAGAUUACAAGAUCAUCAAGAACGACUGGACGUAUGCGGUUAGCCCGGGCAUCGCGCACAUCGUCGUGUGGUCUAAGCAGCCGCUGCCCGUGGACGACGAGGGCGCGCUGACGGAUGAGGGGAGGAGGAUUGUGGAGGACUUUGUGAGGAGGGAGUUUAGGGUUAAGGCGGGGGAGUCAGGAGAUCGGGAGGGCAGCAAGGUGCAGUGGUUUAAGAAUACGACGAAUUUGCAGAGCGUGAGGAGUUUGGAGCAUGUGCAUGUUUUGGUGCGGGAUGUGGAUGAGGAGAUGUUGGCACAGUGGAUGAAUUAGGUUAGGUGUGCGGGUGUAGUCGCUAAACUAUUGGAAUAGAAAUAUGGUGAUG